CAACGCGCACCGCCUCGCGCGCAGCCACCUCGGGCGGCCAUUUUGGCGACGGGUUCCUCUCAGCCUCGGCGCGGGCGGAGCAACAAGUCUGAAGGGAGCCGUGAGGGAAGGAGAGAAGGAGGCGGAGGGAAUGGAAAUGGCGGACGCCGCCGCCGCCGCUCGUCUCGGCUGAGGCCCAGGGAGGGAGAGAGGCGCCGGCACCGAGGCGGGAACGCGCUCGCUUUCUCCCCCACCCCGAGUCUCUUUGCCCCCCCCUAUUUUUCUUCGAGCCCCCUUUUUCCCUCCUCUACGAUCUUUAAAAUUGCAUGAUGUGUGAUGAGUUGGAGCUUCUUAACAGGGAGAUUGGGAGGUUAUUACAAAGCAGCAUCGUGGAAGGAAGCUCCUUAAACUCAGAAUCUCUUCAGCCGUCAAGCUCUGAUUCCUGGGAUGUAGCCACUGCUUCAAGCAGUGAAACACAAGGCAGUUUAGUAAAGGCAGCCAAACCAAGUGCAGCAUUGCUGGUUUCGGAGUCAACAGGAUGGCAUCAAGAUGAACUUUGUGCUUCUGACUUCCCCAGAACAGCCUGCACUGUAGGGCUUGUGCUGAGUGACUUGCUUCUGCCCUCCAGUGAUUCUUCCUUUGGUUUAAGUCAAGAGGGAGAAAAAAUACUGGCAUCCUCUAAUGCUAUGUCAGGGGUGACAUUUGGGAAUAGUGUUACCACUGGUGUGAAAGAAGAGAAUCUGGAAUCUCUGGCACUGGAUUCUGAAUCUAAUAUGGAAACCCGUUCUCUUGCUUUGGAUGACAAAAGUGAGCAAAGCAAUGACGAACAAAAAACAAUUAAACCCACAAGUAAGGAGUUCAAGAAAACUUGGGGGUUUCGGAGAACUACAAUUGCAAAGCGUGAAGGGGUAGGGGAUGCUGAAAUGGACAUCACCGAACAGCCAUCUCCACAGCAGCAAAGUCUGGCUCUUAGGCGUAGUGGGCGACAGCCCAAACGCACUGAACGGGUAGAAGAAUUUCUUACAACUGUAAGGCGCAGAGGAAGAAAGAAUCUUCCCACAGCUCUUGAGGACUUGAGCGAGCCAGCAUCCUGCCAUGUUACUGACAUUGAAACUGCUUCUGAAGGCAGUGUAGAAAGCAUGUCAGAUGUAAAAGCCAUGUCUCAGAAGUGUCAUUCCAAGGACAUUAAGGGCCAGCCAGCUGGGAAAGGGAGAGCCACUAAAGAGCAUGACUAUGAGGAAAGGGAGGAGGAUUCAUCUGACAGUGAUAGUGAUGGGUUAACACUGAAAGAGCUACAGAACCGUCUGAGAAAGAAAUGUGUCGAGCAGAAACCUACAGAACUAACUCUGAAAGAGUUACAGAAUCGCCUCAGGAAAAAACAUCAAGAACAAAAUCCUACAGAGACAGUUGAUGUUCAAGCAGGCAACCAAAUUAAGACCGAAAUAGCUGUAAAGCAAGAACCAGAAAGUAUAGGCAAUACCGAGGCUGGAGAUCAAGGAACAGUUCCCAAAGAAAUGAGUGAAGCAGUUCAGGUUAAGAAAGAAGGAAGAUCUCCUGCGCAUACUGGGGAUGAACCUGAAGAAUCCAAAAAGAGGAAAUCAGAGUCUGAAGUUUAUGAUCCUAGUACUCUGUACUGUAUCUGUCAGCAGCCUCACAACAACAGGUUUAUGAUUUGUUGUGAUAGAUGUGAGGAAUGGUUUCAUGGAAACUGCGUAGGGAUUUCAGAGGCUCGUGGGCGACUCUUGGAAAGGAAUGGGGAGGACUAUAUCUGCCCAAAUUGCACCAUUCUGCAGGUGCAUGAUGAGACAGUUAUGGAUGCAGAUCAACAACAAACCAUGUUGGGACAGGUAACAGGUGAUGGCACAGAGCUUACAAGCAUAGGAACUGUUGAGCAAAAGUCCAUUGAAGACCAAGGAAUCAAGGGACGGAUUGAAAAGGCUGCAAAUCCCAGUGGAAAGAAAAAGCUCAAAAUAUUUCAACCAGUAGUUGAAGAGCCUGAAGCAGCCAGUUGCAUUGGCCCAGGGUGUUCUAAAGUUGCUCAGUCAGGUUCUGUGUACUGUGGUCAUGAAUGCAUUCUCAAACAUGCUGCAGCCACCAUGAAGUUUCUAAGUGAAGGCAAAGAGCAAAAGCCAAAAGAGAAGACCAAACCAAAAGUUGAACGAGCUGUUGCCGUAAAACCUCAGCCUAUGGUUCUGCUGGUUACACAGGCCGGUAUCAAACCUCUCUCCGCACAGAAGAGACCAGCUCCUGAAAAAAGAGAGAUUAUCAUGAAGAAAACCGUGGCAGCACCCGUAAAGACCGAAGCAAAUACUCAGACAGUUGCUAAAGAGCCAGCUUCAGAAAGCAGCACACCAUCCUGGGCAAGCGAUCAUAAUUAUAAUGCAGUAAAGCCAGAAAAGACUCCUGCCAUUUCAUCAUCACUGUUGUUCAAAUCACAGAAAGAGGAACGUAAGAAUGAGGAUAAGCCAGCUGAAUCUUCGGUAGCAUCAAAGAAAAUGGUUGUGUCAACUACUGCAGCGUCUCAACCCACUUCUGCAGUGUCUACCCAAAGCAGAAAUCCACCCUUAAAGAAACCCUCUACAUUUACUAGUUCUAAGCAUCCAAUUAAAUACUCUGCUGCAGGUUUCAAAGGGGUGAUACCUAAGAAGUCUUCACUUUCAACUGGUCCACCUACAUCAAGCAAUGUGUCAUCAUCAAGGCCUUCCCCUUUGUCCUAUGGUACAUCCUCAGUUUAUAAAAAAACAGUUUCCUCUUCAAGCAUUGGUGGAGGGCUCAGGAAGCCCAUGGUGUCCUCUGCUUCUUCAACAACUUCCUCAGCUACACAAGCAAAAUCUGCAAGUGCUAGUCAAUCACAGCCUAACUCUCAAAUUCGCCAAAAUAUACGGAGAUCCCUUAAGGAGAUAUUGUGGAAAAGAGUAAAUGAUAGUGAUGAUCUGGCUAUGACAGAGAGUGAGGUGGGAAAGAUUGCACUGAACAUUGAAAAGGAGAUGUUUAAUUUAUUCCAGGCUACAGACAAUCGGUAUAAGAGUAAAUAUCGCAGCAUUAUGUUCAAUCUGAAGGACCCUAAAAAUCAGGGACUUUUCCAUCGUGUUCUUAGGGAAGACCUUCCUUUGUCAAGGCUUGUAAGAAUGAAGCCAGAAGAACUCGUAUCCAAAGAGCUAUCUACAUGGAAAGAAAAGCCAGCCAAAGCAGUAAUGGCAGCUAGACGUAAAUCUUUUGAAAACAAGAAGUCUGCUGUAAAACAAGAACCCAUCCCAGAUGCUAAUAUGGAAGAUUCCCCACCAGUGUCUGAUUCAGAUGAGCAGCAAGAGGCAGAUCGAGCAGCUCCUGAGAAAAGCAGUGCUCCAAUUCUUGAUGUUUUCAGCAGUAUGUUACAGGACACAACAAGUCAACACCGAGCCCAUCUUUUUGACCUGAACUGCAAAAUCUGUACAGGUCAGAUGUCAGCAUCUGAUGAAGAACCAGCUUCAAAGAAACUAAAAUCUUCCUCUGUUAAGAAGGUGGAACCAAAGCCAGAAAUGAAGUCAAAAUUUGAAAGCUCGACACCAACAGAUGAAGUGGAGGCUGCAAAAGAAGAGGAAAUGGAGACUGCUGCAGAACCUGCUGUUGAAUCUGUAGCUGAAGUAGUUCCUCAGCCAAGCAUAGAAAAAGCUUACAUUCCUUUAACACAAGGACAAAGCAAUCCAUUAUCUUCUCUACCCAAUGAGAGCUCUCUCUACCCCACAUCUUAUGCUGGCGGUGUUAUCACCACUGUGACAGUCUCUGGGAAGGAUCCCAGAACAGCCAUGAGCACUUUGUCAACCUCUGCUUCUACUGUGACUUCUGCAUUGCAUCCCACCCUGGCAUCUGACAAAGGUUCUGUCGGGGAAAGUAAACCGGAAAUAUCCAGAAAUACUGUAGCAGCUCCAAAAUCAAUAUUAACGAAGCCAUCCUCAUCAUCGGACCCAAGAUACUUGGCAGCUCAAACAUCACUAAAUGUUAGUAUGUCGGAGAUACGGUCCCCUCAAGAAGGAGAUACGUCCGUCUUUCUCUCUCGCCUUAACACCAUAUGGAAAGGCUUUAUCAACAUGCAAAGCGUGGCCAAGUUUGUCACCAAAGCUUACCCUGUCUCUGGAUCCUUUGACUACCUCAGUGAGGAUUUACCUGAUACAAUUCAUAUUGGAGGGAGGAUCUCACCGAAGACAGUAUGGGAUUAUAUUGGCAAACUGAAAUCAUCUGUGUCAAAGGAACUAUGUUUGAUCCGCUUCCAUCCUGCAACAGAAGAAGAGGUGCCUUCCUACAUUUCUCUGUACUCCUAUUUUAGCAGUCGUGGCCGAUUUGGUGUUGUUGCUAAUAACAACAGACAUGUCAAGGACCUCUAUUUGAUUCCUCUCAGUGCAAAGGAUCCUAUUCCAUCCAAACUUUUACCCUUUGAGGGACCAGGUCUUGAAUCAGCACGUCCAAACUUAAUUCUUGGAUUAGUAAUUUGUCAGAAAACUAAGCGACCUGCAGCUGUACUGGAAACUGAAAAGACGGAAGAAAAGAAAAGCAGGAUUCAGUUGCAGGAAGAAACUGAAGUAUCUGCGUACCCUAAAGGCAAUAUGGCUUCUCAGCAAGAGAAAAAACCUUCAAAAUUCUCUCUCUAUACUGGAGAAACAACUGUCAGUACAACACCACCUGGAUCUCCUCCACCUCCACCCCCAGAGCCAACUUCUGUGUUAAAAAUAUUGUCAUCUAUUAAAUCUGGAAGCUCAGCCACUGUUGCGCAAUCAAGUGCUUCAGUGUUGGGAAUUAACACAGCUACUGCACCUUCUACUGCUUCCUCAUCUUCAAAAUCAGCCACACCACUUGAUCACAUCCUGCAAACUCUUUUCGGGAAAAAGAAAUCUUUUGAUCCUGUUUCCAAGGAUUCUGAAGGUGCUCAGACUGAAAUGCAAACUGUUGGUGAGGAAGGAUUACCAGCAGCUCCCAUACUUGAUCCCAUUGUGCAGCAAUUUGGACAAAUGUCGAAAGACAAAGCUAUAGAAGAGGAGGAAGAUGACAGGCCUUAUGAUCCUGAGGAAGAGUAUGCUCCACAGAAAGCUUUUGAAAUGCAAAGUUCUGAAAGUGGUCUUGAAAAAAGAUGUGAAACUUCAGAGCAAGAAGAUGAAGCCUAUGAUCCAGAAGAUGAAACUAUCUUAGAAGAGGCAAAGGUUACUGUUGAUGAUUUGCCUAAUAAAAUGUUUUCGGAAUCUAAAAGCCACUCCUUGACAGCAUCAUCUUCAUUUGUGCCCGAUGUCUCUGCUCCACCAUCUUUGGUAGAGCAACAGAAAAUGUUAGAAGAAUUAAACAAACAAAUAGAAGAACAGAAAAGACAGCUGGAAGAACAAGAAGAAGCCCUCAGGCAACAACGAGCAGCUGUUGGUGUAUCAAUGGCUCAUUUUUCAGUUUCUGAUGCUUUGAUGUCACCACCUCCAAAAUCAUCUCUAGCAAAAAAUGAGCUAUUCCAACAUGAAAAACAAACUACUGAAAAAUCUGAAUUGCCUACAUCCACAAGUCAAACUCAAUUGUUAAAUCAGGGAAGUGAUCCUAGACAAAGUAGAGAUCCCAGACAAGCUAGAAGGAUUCUAACAGAGUGUAAUGAAAGUGCUGACUCUAAUGUAAAGCAGCAUGUUAUAGAAUCGCCUACAGUACAAAUCCCUCCACCCAGCUAUGCAGGUCCAUUGCAAACUGCACUUGACAAAGCAGAUAAAACACUGAUUUCUGCCCCUCAUCCUAGUCAUAAAGAUACAUGGGUUACUAGUGAAAAAGGUUCUGUUAUGUCUGAACAAGAUGUGCCCACUAUCAACCUUGAAAAUGCCCCACAGGUUCACCAGGAAACUGUAAAUAAACCAGCUUCUAUUGAAACAUCUACAACUGCACCUGUUCGUAAAGUACUGCUACCCACCCCUGUCAAUCCAUGUUUCCUCCCUACUUUCUCUUCACCUAACAGUGUUCAGUCUAUAGCUUGGUCAAAUGAAUCUCAAGAGAAAAAUGUUCCAGGGGUAGCAAGGGAUUCUUUCCCAAGCCCAGUGUUCCCAUCUCAGGAGAAAGCUCCUGGUCAUUUUGAAACAGAAAGAGGUCCAUCACAUUAUGAAGACCAAAGAAAUCCACAGCCUUGCCACUUUUAUGAACAAAUGGAGUCACCCACAAUUAAAAAUGAUGAAGAAAGAGGUGGGCCCCCAUUUUCUUCUCUUGGACACAAAAGCGGUCCUCCAUUAAUGAGUGGUGCUCCAGAUUUCCAUGGACAGAGGGGUCUACCACAACAGUUUACUGAAGGGCAUAAUCCUCUACCAAAUAAUGAUGGACAAAGAGGGCCUCCACCCAACAGGUUUGGAGCCCCAAGAGCACCUAUCCCUUCCUUAUUUUCUGCACAACAUGGACCACCACCACCACAUUUUGGUGAUAAUAGGGGCCCUUCACAAUCAUUUCCUGAUGGGCCAAGAGAAAUUGCACCUUCUCAAUUUGAAGAGCAUAGGGAACCUCACAUGGAACACAGGGAUUCCCAAUAUGCAGAUCCCCAAUAUCAUGAGAUGAGUGGUGGUCCUGGACAAUUUGAAGGACCUGAGCCUCCGCAGUUUAUGGGAAAUAGAGGACCUUCACCCUUUCCUUUCGGGAACCCAAGAAGGCCUCCACCAAAUCAAUUUAAAGGUCAAAGAGGAGGCCCGUCACCUCAGUUUGGAGGGCCAAGAGGUCCAUCACCUAAUCAUUUUGGUGGUUCAAGAGGUCCUCCUCCAAAUCAGUUUGAAGGACAAAGAGGACCUGCUCCAAGUCACAUGCCAGGACCAAGAGGACUUCUACCACCACCGUUUGAAGAACGGAGAGGGAGCCCACCACCCAGGUUUCCAAAUCAGAGAGGUCAAGCACCACAUCAGUUUGGAGGACCAAGGGGACCUGCACCUGGUCUAUUUCCAGAAAAAAAUGAACCUCCCCCAAAUAGACAUAACUUUCCAGGACAAUCUCAGCAAAGUAUGAAACCAAGCCCCAGACCACUCUUGGAUCUUCCAAGUCAUCCACCUCAGCACAGGAAAGAGAUGUGGGAUGAAACUGGACCACCUGCCUCUCAUCCUAAUACUUCAGGGCAGGGUUCUGAGACAGAAGCACAGUGGUCAGCAUCUGAUUUUCGAGAUGGCCGAAGUAAUGACUAUAGAGCUCAGACUUUUGAAGGGAGACAAAGAGAGAGAUUUGAGGGAGGUAAUAAGGAAAAAAUACUAGAGCAGUCUGAUCAGUCAGAUAAUCGAUCAAAUAGAGUAAUGGAUGAUAGACGACGAGAUCGUGACCACAACUGGGCUUGGGAAAGGGACCGUGGCAGAAACUGGAAUAGGGGGAGAGAAAGGGAAUGGGAGAGACAUAAAGAAAAAGACUGGGAUAAAAACAGAGAGAGAAACUAUAACAAAGACAGGGAUAGAGAUUCAGAAAGGGGGAAAGACUGGGAAAGAACCAGAGAGAGAGCCAGAACCAGAGAUGGAGAUACUUACCGAAGACGAGACAGAUCAAGAAGCAGAGACCGUGAUUAUGACAGAUUCAGGGACAGAGAACGAGCUCGAAGUAGAGACAGAGAAAGGGAUAGAGAAAGAGAUAGAGACCGUGACAAAGACAGAGCAAGAGAUCGCAAGGACCGGAGUAAAAGUAAGGAGUGCGAUAAGGACUCUAAGCAAGAAACACAAACUGGUGGCCAAAGGGCAUCAUAUGCAGAAGCUUCUUCCGCUAAGCAGACAUAGAAACAUAAUAAUUCUUCAAUAAUGAGCCACAUGAGGAAGAAAAACAUGACUCUUUAUUACUUGUACAUAUUGUAUAUUCUGAUCGUUAGGCAUAGUUUGGUAAAACCUGUUUCACAAAUGAGAUUUUGGAUUGUAAAUGCAUAUAUUCAUAUAUUAAGCAGGUACAUGCUGGACUUGCUACAUUUUGUUCGCCUCCUCCCUCUAUAAGAUAUGUAAGGCACAAUCCUUUCCCGCAUGGGCACAGUGCCUGAAUACUGUUUUCCCCUAGCCUUGGACCAUUGCACUGCCUGCUAGACCAGGGGUCCGGGACCAGGGGAUCCAAUAUUCCAUCCACACAGAAAAACUAAUGCCUAUAGCAUUACAGUUCUAAAAUGUUGCUUUUUUCCUACUUACUUUGUCUUUAAAUUUCCAUUUACAGAAGUAAAAAUGGGAACUCUCUUCAAUGAGCACAUUGCUUUUUAUGGAUGUAAAGUUAUGUUUUCCACUAACUUGAAAUGUAAUUUUAUGAAAAUUUAAACAAUAUCUUAGAAGCCAUACCAUUACAUCUUAAAUAUAUAGUAUUUUGGAGUUUCAGUACAGUAGUUCCUACAUUGAGGAGAGCCCAACAUUUCUGUCCUGAGCUAAUUAGGGCAGGAUUUUGUGUAUUUAAAGAAAGAUUGCUGGGGAGCAGUAUUUCUAGCAGCUGGCAGAGUAUUUGAAUAAUAAACAUUAAGCUUCUAGGUUCAUUAUCUUCCUUUUUACAUGAGGGCAUUUUGAGUUAGAUUUCAACUAAGACAAAAAAAUGCCUGAGUAAGUAACCAUAUUUCCUGUUUAGUUUAAGGUUUUUAAUGUUGAAUUUGUACAAAAAGUGUAAUUGAUUAAAAAUUAAUUACACCUCUAUACAAAGCAACUAAACUUUUAAAACAUACUUAUUGGAAAACAUUUUAUAAAUGGUUCAAAUGACUGACUGAAAAGAGAGUAGUUUGCAGAUCUAAUCCUUUGUGCAGAAUAAAUAUGGAUAAGCAGUUUGACUUUUCCAGUGCUCAAAGUAAAAUAUUUGGACAAGUGGUGUUAAGUACCUUUGAGUCUUGCUAAUAACAAUGGGAGACAUUUAAGUAUGUAAUAAUUGCCCCAUUGAAAUAUGUGGAGCUUAAAAGUGCUUAAAUUAGGCUAGAAUACAUCCUCAGCCCUUGCCACACUCAUGGCUAUCUUGAUAACAUUGGAAAUAAAUAUUUGUGUAAAAAAUGGAGUAGUAAAACUGAUACUAACAAAUCUGCUUUAAAGAGGAGAGCUUUUCACUGUGAAAUAAUGCAGUAUACUAUUACUUUUCCUGUAUCUUUCAAGUUCAUAAUUCAAAAGAAUUCAUGGGGGGAAAUCCUACCAGUUUAACUGAAUUUAUGCACUUAUAGUUGAGCAGUUACUUUGAUAUUUUUAUAAACAUUUUGCAAAUGUAAAAAUAGAUUCGUAACAUUGGCAUUUUCAGAUCUGCAUUUCAAGUAGCACUACUCCUAUAAAUAAAUCACUACAGAUUUACACUUUAUAUUGGUACAUCUUACACUUUAAACAUCAAGGACAAACUGAUUUAAACAAUGACCUGUAUGCAAAACUCUUUUGCAAAAAUAUUAAAAAGAAAGAGGUAGUGUAGAACAUAAAUAUCUACUAUGAUGUAAUUUUUCUAUUCAAAAUGUUUCUAACUUAGAUAUAUAUGAAAGUAUGCAAAAUCAAGUGUUUGUUUAGGUUUAUUUGAAAGGGGUUUCUGUAAAUUGUAUUUUAUAUUUCAGAAUAUAUCACUGUACAUUAAAUGUGGAACUUCAUAGGUUUUUGUUACUGUAAGUCAAAUAAACAUCUAAAGAAAG